AUGCUUGCACAUUUUGAAGCGACUUCCAACGUACCGAUUGUAGAAGUUGGCAAAUUUCUGUUUUUUCCUGCCAAUUUAAGGUUUGACGAUCAGCAGGAGGCGGUGGAAGUGAGAGCCCAAAAUCUAGAAGUAAUUGAGGAAUUGGGGCGUGGUGCUUAUGGUGUAGUUGAAAAAAUGCGUCAUCGUGCCACGGGAAAUAUAUUAGCCGUAAAAAGGAUUCGCUCUUCCGUUAAUGAUGAAAGUCAAAAACGUAUGUUGGUAGAGCUGCAAACUUGUAUGAAAAGCGGUUCUUGUCCACAAAUGGUUCGCUUCUAUGGUGCCAUGUUUCGUGAAGGUGAUGUGUGGAUUUGUAUGGAAGUAAUGGACAUCUCUUUGGAUAAGUUCUACAAGAUGAACAGUGACAAAAAGGGAUUUUUGCCUGAAAUGUUUUGUGCAAAAGUUGCUUUGUCGGUUACGGAGGGUCUGAAUUUCAUGAAACAACAGAUGAAUUUAAUUCAUCGUGAUGUGAAACCGUCAAAUAUCCUGCUGAGCAAACAAGGAUGUGUAAAAAUUUGCGAUUUUGGCAUUUCUGGACAUUUAACUAAUUCGGUCGCCAAAACAAUUAAUGCAGGAUGUAGACCAUAUAUGCCGCCAGAACGGAUUGAAGGAGAGAAAAAGGAAUCUUAUGACGUUCGUGCGGAUGUGUGGAGCUUGGGCAUUACACUGAUUGAAAUAGCUACGGGUUCUCAUCCUUACUCUAAAUGGAAAACACCGUUUGAACAAUUAAAGCAAGUAGUCCAUGAACCUCCUCCCAGAUUAGCGUCGGGUCUCGGUUAUUCAGAAGUAUUCCAGGAUUUUGUUGCUUUAUGUCUAACAAAGGAUUACAAUUUACGGCCCAAAUACCCAGACUUGCUAGCCCAUAAUUUUCUUCAAAAAGCUGCCGAAGACACUGACUUCGAUAUGGGCGCAUUCAUAACUGACAUGUUAAGAAAAGUUGAAAGUGAGCAAACUGCCGCCCUUCCUAGCGUUACUGCUAAAGCUCUUCCGAAGAUAUCCUAA